CAACACUCACUCAGUCAUGGGACAGCAGCUCUUGGCCAUCGUGCCGUUGCUCGGCCUGUCGAUCGCCGGCGCACUGCUCAUGUUCCGCAGAAGGCGCAGGGGAAUCCCCAAGGACUGGGGCGCCAUUUCCGAGAAGGUGGAGCUGCUGCCGCCCCCGCCGCCGCCGCCGCCGGCCGCGCCGCACCCGCUGACCGGCCUGACGUUCGUCAUUAAGGACAUAUUCGACGUGGAGGGCCACGUGGCAGGGUUUGGGAGUCCCGCGUGGAAGGCGAGCCAUGCGCCUGCAACGCAGACGGCGCCGUGCGUGAGGGAGCUGGUGGAGGCUGGCGCGCAGCUGGUGGGGAAGACGCACAUGGACGAGAUGGCGUACAGCAUAUUCGGCGAGAACAAGGCUUUGGGCACGCCAGUGAACCCCGUGUGUCCCGACCACGUGCCAGGAGGCUCGUCCAGCGGCUCUGCUGUUGCUAUUUCUGCCGACCUAGCUGACUUCGCUCUCGGCACGGACACAGCAGGCAGCAUCCGCAUCCCAGCAGCGUUCUGCGGAGUGCUGGGGUACCGGCCCUCCCAUGGCGCCAUCUCUGCUGCUGGUUGCGUCCCCAUGGCUCCCUCCCUUGACACCGUCGGUGUCUUUGCGGCGGAUCCAGCAGUGCUGCGUCACGUGGGCCACAUUCUCCUGCGCCAGCCCUUCACGCCCGCCCGCCGCCCGCUCUCCCUCUACCUAGCGGACGACCUCUUUGACCUCUGCUCCAUCCCCCGCCGCCACGUCACUGAAGCCGUGCUUUCCGCGGGAGAGCAGCUCUUUGGCCCCAUAGUGAAGUACGUGCAAGUGGGGCAGGACCUGCUGCUGAAGAGGGUACCAGCGAUUCAACACUUUCUCAACCUCCUGCCGCCACCAGCAGCACCGCAGGGAAACAGCAGCACCACCGACAGCAGCAGCAGCAGCAGCAGCAGCAGCAGCAGCAGCAGUGUGAAGAAAGCGGCAGAGGAGGGCAAGAGGGCGUUGCAAGCACUGGUAGAAGCGAUGAAGCUGCUGCAAAGACACGAGUUCCGCACUGCGCACCUGGCGUGGGUGCAGCAGGUGCAGCCGAAGCUGCAGGCAGACGUGCAGGUGCGCGUGCAGGCAGCAGUGGAGGCAGAGCCUGAGGCGCUUGCAGCACAUGCUGCCCAGGCUCAACUGGUGCGGGAGCAGCUAAGGGCCGCCAUCACAGACCUCUGCAAGAGCGACGGGCUGAUAGCGCUGCCAGUGACGCCAGACUUCCCCCCCAAGCUGCGCGCCAAGCCUCAAGUGCUGGACGCGUUCCGAGCCUCCGCCAUGCUUCUCGUGGCCCCCGGGUCCAUGUCCGGCUGCCCGCAGGUGACAGUGCCUAUAGGUCGUAUGGAGUGUUCCCCCUCGGGCCUGCCGCUUGCAGUGGGGUUGAUGGCACGGCAUGGGGCCGACCGGUUUCUGCUUGACUCUGUUACGCACUUUGCCCCGGCAGUGCAAGAUGCGUAUAAGGCGGUACUGCCCAAGAUCAACAAGUCUCAAGCCUCCGCAUCCUCAUCAGCAGCAGCGCAGCCUGUUCUCUCACAAGCUGAAAUCGCCAAAGAAAAGGGCAACAAGGCGUACAAGCAGAAGAAGUAUCAGGAGGCAGUGGACCAUUACACAGCAGCCAUCCGACACGACAGCAAGAACGCCACCUACUACUCCAACCGCGCCAUGGCCUACCUCAACCUGCACAAUUUUGAGCAAGUGGAGGCGGAUUGCACAGCGGCGUUGAGUCUCGACAAGAAAAUCCAACCCCUUGCUCUCGUUCUUCUCCCACUUCUCCCUCUUCUUGCCCGUCCCCCUUGUCCCCCUUCCCUCUUUUUCUCCCCCGUGUAUUCUUUCUCCCCCAUCCCUCUCUCUCCCCCUUGUAUUCUUUCUCCCCCAUCCCUCUCUCUCCCCCUUGUAUUCUUUCUCCCCCAUCCCUCUCUCUCCCCCUUGUAUUCUUUCUCCCCCAUCCCUCUCUCUCCCCCUUGUAUUCUUUCUCCCCCAUCCCUCUCUCUCCCCCUUGUAUUCUUUCUCCCCCAUCCCUCUUUCUCCCCCUUGUAUUCUUUCUCCCCCAUCCCUCUCUCUCCCCCUUGUAUUCUUUCUCCCCCAUCCCUCUCUCUCCCCCUUGUAUUCUUUCUCCCCCAUCCCUCUCUCUCCCCCUUGUAUUCUUUCUCCCCCAUCCCUCUCUCUCCCCCUUGUAUUCUUUCUCCCCCAUCCCUCUCUCUCCCCCUUGUAUUCUUUCUCCCCCAUCCCUCUCUCUCCCCCUUGUAUUCUUUCUCCCCCAUCCCCGUAUAUUCCCCGCAUGCAGACUUCAGUCAGGCGUUGAUUCUAGAGCCCACCAACAAGACAGCCUUGGAAGCAGUCACUCGCAUGAAGGAGAGCGGGAUAGCCUGA